AUGAACGGUGAAGAGCCACCACUGAAGAAAAAUAAACUGCCAAUCAAACCAACCUUGAAUCUUUUUCUUUCAGAAGAUUUGCUAGUGAUCAUCUUAGCCCGUGUCUCAAGAUUUUAUUAUCCAACUCUCUGUUUAGUCUCCAAGCGCUUCCGCUCGCUCCUUACUUCAUCGGAGCUUUACCGGACCCGAUCACUAUUAGGUUGCACCGAGAAUUUUCUUUAUGUGUGCUUACGGUUUUCUCGUACUGCAUGGUACAUGCUACGUCCGAGACCUAAUCGAAUCCUAACCAAUGACACCAGGAAGAAAAAGAAUAAGUUAAGUAUUAGUGGGUAUGUUUUGGCAACAAUCCCUAUUCACCAUUCUCCUCCUGUGCACAAAUCGGCUCUUGUGGCGGUUGGUUCUAAAAUCUACAACAUUAGCGGAUCCACUGACAGUUCACCCUCAUCUAGUGUCUCAAUCCUAGACUGCUUGUCUCACACGUGGCUCCAAGCUCCGAGUAUGCAGGUUGAACGGGAGUACCCAACAGCUAAAUUACUUGAUGGGAAGGUAUACGUAACAGGAGGCUGUAGGUUGAGGUUAUAUGGCUGUCAUGAUCACACUAAUAAUGUAGUGAUUGAUGGAAAGCUAUACAUAUUUGGGGAUAAGGGUGUGGCUUACAACCCCAAUGAUGGUACAUGGAAUAGUUUAGGAUCGGAGAUGGAUUUGGGUUUGCAAUGGUCUUCUGCGUGUGUAAUAGAGGACGUGCUUUACUAUUAUCAUGAAGACGAGAUCAAAUGGUAUGACACUAAGGCAAGAUCAUGGAGAACCUUGAAUGGUAUAAAAAAACUGCCAAAGUUUGCUUAUUUUGCCAAUGUUAGGUUGGCAGAUUAUGGUGGGAAAAUGGCAUUUUUCUGGGACAAGUUUGUGGCUUCUGGUGGUGGUGGUGGCUGGAAGAAUAGGAUGAUUUGGUGUGCCAUGAUAGCACUUGAAAGGCGCAACAGUGAAGAGAUUUGGGGGAAGAUCGAGUGGUUUCAUAGAGUGCUACCACAUCCUGUUCCUGUGGAAUAUGCAUUUGAGUAUGUCGCUGCUGUCAACAUUUGA